AUGAGGAAAGUGGGCAAACGCGCUGCUGGCGACGCGCGCGGGGCGGCCGCCUGCGCCCGUCGCAGCGCCACGGACCCGCAGCCGAAGCCGCGGGAGAACCGGGGUGCCGCCCUUUGCGCUGCCAGCGGCCCGGCCAGGGAACCCAGCCUCAGCCGCGCCCCGAGCAGCGCCGCGGACCAGCAGUCGCAGCCGCGUGAGAACUGGGGUGCCGCCCGCUGCGCUGCCAACGGCCCGGCCAGGGUGCCCAGCCACAGCCGCUUGUGCGCCGCCCGCGCGGGCGCCGAUCCGCAGCUGCAGGGCCAGAAGCGGCGCGCCGCCCGCGGGGCCACGAACUUCCGCGGCGGUGGUAAGAGGCGCUUGCGGGGUUGCGGGCGCGUGCCCGUCGUCGACCCGCCCCUGGUGCUCGCAAUUGAGGACAGCCCUAUGCCCCCUGACGCCGUGGCUCUCGCGGAGCCUUCGGCCCAGGCAGACGCGACGCUCUCGAGAUUCUGUUUGCCGCUGACAGAGCCCGCCGCCUUCGCGUUCAACGCCGCCGAAAUGUGCGCGGCCGACGCUUCGCAGCCUGGAAUUGAGCUCGCUCGGACGGCGUGGGAGCAACGUUCAGAGCAAGAGGUAGGCUUCUGCAAAACGUGGGUGAAUAAAGGCGGCGUUGAGGCUGGGCGGGAUGCGGCAGUCUAUCAGCUCAGCGCUCAGGAGAGAGGUGAUCACGCUGGAGCGGCCAGGCUUCCGAGGGCGAAAGCGAAGCAUUCGGCUACCAUGGAGCAGAGGCGCAAUGUCGUGAAGGCCGCCCUCCGUCUUGCCAAGAUCGGCGCCCUCACUCCUGGGCAAGUGAUGUCUGAGUUGACUGGGUCCCGUCCCCCGAAGCCCCGCCCUCCCGCCAAGUCAUUGCGCGGCUUGGUGCGGGGGAUUCGCCGCGCCCUGGGCGUGGACCAGCGGCGCGGACACUGCGAGGGGCGGAGCGCUGGCCUCGCGACGUGGUCGAGCGAGCUUGAAGCCGCGAUCCGAGGGUGCGACGACGACGGGCAUCUUAUCGUGAGAGCCUCGGCGCCCGCCGCCGCCGUGAUAUCGCUCGAGGUGGUAUUCCGAUCGAUGUGGGCGUGCCUGGAGGAAUUGCACGUUGUGCGCCUGGGCGUGGGCCGCGCUUCCAACGUGGAAUGGCAGGGCUACUCUUGGUCGCUGCUCGGGGCGAACGUCCACCGCCAGUUGGACGGCACUUGGGUGAGCGCGGAGUCGAACGUGGAGACGCACUACCUCAUGAAGUCGGCGCUGCUCCGGCCAGUGCACCUGCCGGACGCCGACGGGCCCAACGAGACGCAGGAGCUGCGCUACCUCCGCGCGUGCGGGCACCUGUGCGCGGCGCCGGAGGGCGAGUCGGAGUGGCCGGUGGAGGCGCAGGGCGUCCGCGCUCAGGACGGCUUCGCGAAGCUGGGCGCCAGCGCGGUCCUGGAGCACCACUUCGACCCGGAGACGCUCGGGCAGAUCUUGCGCUUCGACACCGCCGAGCGCGCGCAGGGCAAGAAGACCAAGCCGCGCAACUGCCUCGGCGAAGAGCCGCCGCCGGAGGCAAAGGCGGGCAAGGCCGCGAAGGUCAAGAAAGACGGCGGCAAGGACGACAAGCCUGCAAAAACCAAGGACGCCGAGGACCCGCGGGCGUGGCCGGCCCGCCCCCCGCCAAAGCCAAGAAGGACAAGGGCAAGGACGACGCCCCCGUCCCUCCCUGCCGCCCCGCAGCCGCGGGCGCGGUGCCAAGCGGGGCCGCGCGGACGACCAGGCCAAUGGCAGCAGGCGGAGCGGCCGCGGCGAGCGCUCGCGGAGCGGCAGCAGGAGCAGAUCGUUUACGUAGAUUCAUUUACCAGUCUGAACAAAGGGCAGCCGGUGCGCGAGGGCAAGCGCAAGGCGCAGCUGCAGCAACGGCUGGACGUGCUGCGGGCGCAGUGCGACGUUUUAAACGAGAGCAUCCACGGGCUCAGUGGCCACUGCGCCUGGUUCCAGGAGAGCGGCAGCUACCGCGAGGCCGUGGACUAUUUAGAGGGGCGGUGGGACGACGACGAGGGUGCGCCCCUCGACGACGCCCGCCUCGACCUGCGGCUGGGGGCCGGCAGGGCCUUCGGCGUCGAGUCGGCCGAGGAGGUCAGCCACCACGAGCUGGACGGCCUCAUCCACGGGAGAAGCGGAGGCAACUUCGCGACCAAGAUGCAGUGUCGCCAGUGCUUCGCCCCCGCGCCGAAGCACAUGCAGGCGGCCAUCACGCGUGCUUCCCGCUCCUCACCGGUGCGGCGACCGUGGCAGAGGGCUGACCCCCCAGCUGGGGGCAAGGCCAAGGGCAAGGGCAAGGAGAAAGGGGACAAGGGCAAGGACAAGGGCAUGGCUGGUCCCGCUCCUCGCGGCGCUGCUGGCACUGCUUGGGGCUACUUCGGGGCUGGCACGGACCUGCUCAAGUCAAAGGCCGCCGAGGCGUCCGACCCCAUCUCAGUGCUCGACAAGUCGAUUGGCACGCUUGAGUCCCUCGCCGACCCCAGCCUCGGCCCCAUCAUCGAGGCCAAGCGGGCGGAGAGGGCAAGUCUGGUCGCCCAGAAGCGGGCAGGCAAGCCGCUGCACCUUCAGCUGCAGGCUCUGGAGGGCAAGAUGGCCGCCGCCCAGCGCAAGCUCGCGCGCCAGCGCGAUGAGGUCGUGCCCGAGCUGCAGCAGCGCCUGGCAGAGGCCCAGCAGGUGCAGGAGGCGGCCUGUAUGGAGCUGGAGCAGCUGCAGGAGGAGAAGGCUCAACUGGCCAGGCGAGUCGUGGCGGAGGAGCAGGCCCCUGCGGGGGCAGCGGGUCCUCGCGGCGGUGGCCCACACUGCGGGCAGGCGGUCAUCAGCAAGCUCGUGGCCAACCUGGAGAAGUUGGUGGGGGACACCGAGGGCGACGGCGACUCUGUGCCCAAGCCACUCGUGGAGUCCCUUCAGAGCUUGCUCAAGCUGGUCAAGGAGCUCCCUCAGGCCUCAGGGCCCCCCGCGGAUGCGGCCGCCGCGCCUCCUGGGGGGCCUGGCGCAGCGGCGGCGGCCGCGCCCCCAGGGGGGCCUACUGCCGAGUCCUCGGCCGACGGCGAUGGUGACGCAGUGGAGGAGCAGAUGCGCAAGCGUGACGAGCUGGUGGACCAGUGCCUCAGCGGGCUGCCCGAGGAGGAGCGUGCCGCCAAGCGGGCGGUGCUGGGGCGUCGCUUUGAUGGGCCCACUGGCCCGCCCUUGAUCGACUGGACCACCUAUGGGGGCGGCCAGUUCUGGAAGGGCGAGGACCGCCAUCACGAGGAGCCGCGCGGGGUCGGCUUCCCUGAGGGCGGCGGGGUCGCGCACGCUGGCCAGGACGUCGGCUACGGCGCGCCCGCGGCCAUGGACAGGCGACUUUCGCCCGUCGUGCCCAUCCCUCCUCUGCCCACCUGCCUCGAGAGCAGGUCGCAGCACGUGGGGCGUGACCCAGCUGAGCAGCCUCAGAGGCGCCGACGCACGCGGCGAGGAGACCGACACGUCAUCGCAGCCACUUUCAAUGCUAAUCUCUCCUGGGCUCGAGUCGAAGAGUUCAUGGAAGAAGAGAUCGAGCAGAUCAUCAAGAGAGGUGGCGUCCCCAUCAUAGCGGUGCAGGAGCACGCGAAGCCAGCCGAGUGGUUCAACGUCACCGCAGCGGCGCAAGAGCGACGUGGCUGGCGAGUUGUGGGGGCGCCUGCCGUGCGCACGGCGGAGGGCGGCCACUCGGCGGGGGUGGCGCUGAUCACACCGCGCUGCUGGAGCCUCAGCCUGGCGCCUGGCCAGGCGUCGUGGGACAUCUCCCCCGCGGGCGCCGCAGGCAGGCUGUGCUUGGCCAUGACCGAGGUCAAGGGCAUUGGGUGGAUGGCCCUCUUCUCGAUUUACUUGUUCACGGGCAAGCCAGUCACCUGGGCUCCGAACGCGGCCCUGCUGGACACCAUUGUUCAUUGGGUCUGCCAGAUGAGGAUUCCCUGGAUGGCCAUGGGCGGCUUCAACAAUGAGCCGCACGCCAUCCUGGACAGCCCCUGGAAUCAGGGGGCUAAAGGCCAAGUUCUGGCCUGGCAAGGGGAAGGAGGCACUUGCAGGUCCAAGGUGGUUAAGCAGGGCGUCGAGGAGUUUAAGGAUCGGGUCAUCGACUUUUUCUGGGUGGAUGCGAGGCUUGCAGUGAUCUUUUGCCCAGUGAAGUCUUUCGAGAACAUGCCCUGCAGGCCGCGCAGGCCGACUUGGAUCCGCGCCGACAAGCCCUGGCACGCGUGCCAGAUACAGGUUCUCAAGGGCCCCAAGCAGUACCCCAUCACCAGGCCGCCGCCAGUCAGGCAGCCCGAAAUCCCGCAGGGCUACCCCAAGAUCGACCUGCUCCACGGCUCCCAGCAGCACCUGGACCAGUGCUGGAGGGGGUUCUGCUCUGCAGCCGAGGCCGAGCUUCGAUCUCUGUUCGGUUGGGCGGAGUUGGAGGCACGCAGGUAUGAAGGCCGAGGCUUGACUCCCGAGGUGGUGCAGAGACAGCUUCUUCCGAAGCAUGACAGCCCAGUGGCCGAUCGGGGUCCUGCCAGGGCCUGGCGCUGGGCCGCGGGAGAACUGGCCUGGAUAGGCCAACUUGUCUGCUGUGUCUUGCGGGGCCAGUCUGUGUCCGUGGCCAAGGCGGAGGCCUUUGCAGGCCAGAACACCACCUCGGGAGAAGGGCCUCCUCGAUCCUACAACGAGGAGGUAAAGGGCCAGCUCAGACGGGCUUGGAGGAAGCUGUUCCAGGCGAGGCACCACUGGGACCAGAUGGAGCCCUGGAGCGCGGGGUUCCUGCCCACGCUGCGCAUCCUCUCCGACGUGGGGCCCCGCUUCAUGGGCGCGCAGGCCAUCUUCGCGCUGCAGCAGUUCGCCAAGGUGAGGGCCCAGACCUGGGAACAACACCUCAUGCGGCAGCGGUCCAAGCGAUUCUACGAGCGCCUGAGUGCGAAGUUCCCUGGCUCGGGGGGGUACCUGCACCGCAUCUGCCACUGGAAGCAGGCGUGGAAGGAGCCCAUCUCGUCGGCCAAGAAGCGGAAGUUACCAUCGGAUCCGCAGCUCGCGGUCGACCAGGAGGCGCAGGAGUGGGCUGGCAUUUGGCGCGCGGGGUCAGGUGACUACGCCAAGUUGUGGCAGGGCGCCCAGGUCCAGGCCCAGCGGAUGGCCCACGUGCAGGAGCUGCCCAUCAUCGACGCGGUGCAGGUGCGCGCAAUUUGCCGCAGCUACAAGUGGAAGACCGGGCUUGGGCUUGACGGCUGGCACUUAGGGCACCUGGCCUGGCUCAGUGACGAGGCCUUGACCAGCCUCGGGGACAUCCUCAUGUUGUGUGAGCGGCUCUGCUCGUGGCCCACGGCCAUGCGCAUGCUUAUACUUUUCCUGGUCGCCAAGGAGGACGGAGGCGGCAGGCCCAUCACCCUCUUUCCCACGCCAGUACGCAUCUGGGAGGCCGUUCGUGAUCCUUUGGUUCGGCGAUGGGAGCGGGCACACGUGAGGCCCUACGACUGGGCAUCACCAGGGCGCAGCAGUGAGCAUGCUGUUUGGAGAGCGAUGCUGGACGACGAGGCCCUGGAAGGUGCUAAGCUGGAGAUCACCAAGUUUGUGGACGACCUAGCCUUGCGGAUGGUGGGCAGGAGCACACAGCUGAAGGUGAUCUUCCCCGACCUGGCCCGCACCCUCAUCCACCUCCUGGAGUCGUUGCUGCAGCUCAAGGUCUCGAAGGGCGAGGGAGGCAAGUCGAAGUUCGUCUCCAGCGACGUCUCCUUGGCACAGGAGCUGGCUCAGCCCAUGGCGGACAUUGGCCUUCAGCACGGCGAGAGCGAGCGAUGGCUGGGCGUGGACUACCAACCCCAGGGCCCUCGGAAGAAGGCCACCAGAGCCAGACGGUUUAAGACUGUUCGAGGACGCUGGCACAAGGCGGCGGCCCUCAAGCGACGAGGGGUGAGGAUACGCCCUGUGGUGCAGCAAGGCCUCAAAGCGUCAGUUGCGUAUGGGGCGACCUGCGCUGGCACACCUCCUGCCGUUCUCAAGUUCGUCAUGGCCAAGACAGCUGCUGUGCGUGCGGGGGCUGGGACCUUUCGUUCGGGCACGUUGGGCUGGGCGAUCGCGCCGAGGACUGACGGCGCCGAGCAGCUCAGGCUCGCCCCGCUUCGGGCAUGGGCACGCGAGGCCUGGGAUCAGCCCGAGAGACGGAAGGAGAUGGCCCACGCGUGGGGCCGUCAAUGGCCCAAGGUGCAGCGUGCCCUCACCUAUGCCCCCGCCAAGUUCGACGCCUGGAAGAUGGUGAGGGGGCCAGCCGCAGCCGCCAUGCUGACGGUGCACGAGCUGGGUUGGCACAUGAAGGACGCUUGGACCAUCCUCGACGGCGUGCACUGCAAGUGGGACAUCCGUGAGGAACGCCAGCCGCUCCGACCCGCUCCCUUCCUCUUGCCAGUAAAGCAGCUCAUGCGUUCCAAGCCCACGGGGACUUGGACAAGGCACCGCAUCAACAGUGCCAGGACGGUCGCGUUAGGAGGCUACCCUGUUCAGACCGUGUGCUACGAGCGCGGCCAGGUCACGAGCCCUCUGUGCCCUCUGUGCGGCAAGAAGAAGGGCACCUUGAUGCAUGUGUAUUUUCUUUGUGAUGCAGAUGUGUGCGUCGCGAUUCGUGAUGGACUCACGGGGCCGACGCUCAAGCACAGUUUUCGGGGCGUGGUGCAUGUGGGCGAGACGGCCGCCACGAAGGAGGAGCAGGGCUGCAGGGGCGGCGACGCGCUCUUCUGGAAGUGGGCUCGCGGUCUGAUCGCGGACCCUGUGGCCGACUACCAGGUGCCCACGCCGCCCGACGAGUACCAGUGGGGUGACCCCGACGGGGAGAUGGUCCUGUCGGGCUGGGUGGCCACGGACGGGUGCGUCCUGGCCCCCGACGUGGAGGAGGUCUCCACGGGAGGAGAGUCCGUUCAAGUCGUCAAGAUAAAGUCUCACAUGACGAAGGCCCAAAGGGCCUGUCUUUCUGGUGAGAAUCUUGUGCACUUUGAUAUGAACAGGUGCCGCGCAGAUGUCAGGAGCGCGGGCGCGUUCCACAAGAUCGACUACGUCAUACCGGACACGGCUCAGCGCAAGCGCCGGGGGCCGCGGUGCAUCGCAUCUACCGCGGGCAGUGAGGCGGGGAAGCAGGACCCGCGCAUCGGACUGCCAAACGCCAGGGCCAUCAUCGUACGCUGGGAGCGCUUCUCGAGCAAGGGCAAGAGGGAAGGCGCCCUGCCUGGCAGCGAGGAGGCGGGUGGCCGCGCUGGCAACUCCGACGAGGACGAGGAGAGCGCCCCUCUGGGCGAAAAGGUGGACGGAGUAAGUGGGCCUGGCGUCGAGCUGCUGCGCAAGGCCUUGCUGACCUUCAAGCAGGCGUCUGGUGUGGGCUUCGGCCCUGUGAGUCUGGCCAUGUCGGAAAAGCGGAAAGACCCCGACGACGGCAAGGCCUACACCUUCGAGGAGCUCGCGGAGUUCUACAAGGGCAAGUACAAGAAGAAGGAGACAAUCGCCGCCUACUGGGAGACGUGCACUCCCGUCAAGGCCAAGAAGGCGAAGGCCAAGGCGAAGGACAAGGCCGAGCCGAAGGCGGAGCCGAAAGCUAAGGUCAAGGCCAAGGCCAAGGCGAAGGCGAAGGCGGCGGCGGAGCCGCCCGCGCCCGUGAAGCGCACGAGAGUCGGCGACAAGAUCCCGGAGGACGCCUUCCUGGUGACGGGGAUCGCGAACCGAACGGAGGUCAAGUUGGCGGAGUUCUGCAAGGACAAGAAGGUGGUACUGGUGGGGCUGCCCGGCGCCUUCACGCCCACCUGA